UUCGUGCAGACCAAACAGUGGAAACCGUGUCUAAUACCGUGGAGCAUAAGGACACAGUACCCCGCAGCACUGUAACUAAGGAGAGAGAAAAAGCGAGAGGCACCGUUAUACGGCAUUGGAUAAGGAGUCAGAACGAGGCAUUUAACUGAAAACCCACGUCCACCAGACGACAGGAAUUAACAAAAAAACUGCAUUCUGCAGAAAAUAACAGAAAACCUGCAAAUUAUUUUAAAUAUUUCCCCUUCUGUUUAUUUUUUCUGGGUACCGGUAAUGGGUGGAUGUGUAUAGGAUGUAACCUCGUUCUUGUCAUUUCCACUGCAUUUUGUGAUUCUUCUACGACAAGGGAAUUGUAAAGGAGAGCUGCAUACAAAUAGGAUUUGGGGGUAACCGAAUAACAGACUCAUACACACGGAAACAAAGAGGCAAAAGCAAAGGAGAAAAGAGAGCAGAUGAAUGAUUAAGGCAACCUGCCUACAUGAGGAUUGGUUCUCCACUUAUCGGAUUGGGAGAGCUUGCAAUGGAACGACUGAACAGACGAGAGACCUGGAACAAACGGGUGCUGCUUCUCCUCUACGUGGCCUUCAGACUUAUAACCGGUCACUCAUCCACUGUGUUGGGAACCCUGGACCUACAGCUGGAUGAGGAGCAGCCAGCUGGCACCAUCGUGGGGGACAUCAGUGCUGGGCUCCCCCCUGGAACCACUGCCUCCUUGUACUUCAUCACAGACUUGGAAAGUACAGGGGUUGGCAGCGACUUGCACAUUGACGAAACUACCGGCAUUAUUAAGACAGCCAAAGUCCUGGACCGGGAGACCAGGGACCGCUACAACUUUAUUGCUGUCACCAUGCAGGGGGUGACAGUGGAGGUAACAAUUGUGGUCAAUGACAUCAAUGACCAUGCACCCAGCUUUCCCAAGAGCAGGGCCACUUUCAAGAUCCCAGAACAAACAGCAAUAGGGACUAGGUUUUCCUUAGAACCAGCAUCUGAUGCUGAUAAAGGCCAGCUCAGUACACAGGGUUACCUAGUAAAAAAUGGCAACAUGGGACAAGCUUUCCGACUUCAGACCAAGAGAGGCUCCAAUGAAGUCUUGUACUUGGAUCUUGUGGUAAAUGGCAUCCUGGAUCGAGAGCAGGUAUCUUCAUAUUCCUUGUACUUGGAAGCUUUUGAUGGUGGCUCUCCAAGGAAGACCGGGCAUAUGAUUCUGGAUGUCUUGGUCCAAGAUAUUAAUGACAAUGCCCCUGUCUUUAAUCAGAGCCGCUAUCACACCCUGAUCUCUGAAAACAUGAAGCCUGGUAGCACCAUCCUGCAGGUGUUUGCCUCAGAUGCUGAUGAGGGAGACAAUGGACUAGUCAUCUAUGAGAUUAACAGAAGGCAGAGUGACCCUGAGCGAUACUUUCUUAUUGACCCACACACAGGCAUAAUAACCCUCAGCAAGCCCCUUGACUAUGAGAUGAGAAAAGUCCAUGAGCUGGUGGUCCAAGCUCGGGACAAUGCCAGCCAACCAGAGAUCACCAAUGCUUUUGUGUCCAUCCAUGUGCGUGAUUACAAUGAUAACCAGCCUACCAUGACCAUCAUUUUCCUCAGUGAGGAUGGGUCCCCACAGAUCUCUGAGGGAGCCCAACCAGGCCAGUAUGUUGCACGAAUUUCUGUAUCUGACCCAGAUUAUAGCGAGUACGCAAAUGUAAAUGUCUCUUUGGAAGGGGGAGAUGGCAAGUUUGGUCUAACCACUAAGGAUAACAUCAUCUACCUCAUUUGUGUUGACAAGAUUUUAGACAGGGAAGAAAGAGAUUCCUAUGAACUGAGUGUGAUGGCCACUGACUCAGGGACUCCUCCAUUGAGGGCAGAGUCCUCAUUUACAAUUCAGGUCACUGAUGUCAAUGACAACCCCCCUCUUUUUGACCAGCAGGUAUACAAGCAAACUAUCCCUGAGGUGGUCUACCCUGGCAGUUUUGUCCUUCAGGUGACAGCCAGGGAUAAAGACCAAGGUCCCAAUGGGGACGUCAAAUAUAGCAUCCUCCAGGACCGUGGGACACAUUCUGAUUGGUUUACAAUCGACCCAGUUACCGGGAUCAUCACCACUGCAACAGAGCUGGAUUACGAGACAGACCCCAAGCCAAGAAUCACUGUGGUGGCCACAGAUGGAGGCCGACCUGCUCUGUCUUCCACAGCUGUGGUCAACGUAGUCUUGCAGGAUAUAAAUGACAAUGAGCCUGUUUUCGAUAGUAACUUCUACAACGUCUCAAUCAAGGAAAACACAGCAGCUGGAACUUGCUUUCUUCAGGUGACGGCAAAAGAUGCAGACGGAGGAUCUUUUGGCACCAUAUUCUACUCCAUAGGCUCUGGGAUCGGCAGCGUGGUCCCCACCCAGUUCACCAUCGGGAAAGAGACGGGUCAGAUUUGUACCAGCUUAACCCUGGACCGGGACCAGGGGCCCUCCAGCUACGACUUCACUGUCACUGCUGUGGAUGGGGGAGGGCUCAACUCCAUGGCCUAUGUGAAAGUGUUCCUGGUUGAUAUAAAUGAUAAUAGUCCAGUUUUCUACCCGGUCCACUAUGCAGUCAGCCUCAGCACGCAGAGUGCACCUGGCACCUCCGUCAUUAAGGUGACCGCCCACGAUCAGGACGAGGGGCAGAAUGGGAGGGUGACAUACAGCACAGCGCCUGGGGGCAGCUCCCCAUACUUCACACUCAACAAAGACACAGGAGUCAUCUCGCUGUCUCGCUCUCUACAUGGGAAGGCAAACUCUGUGAUCCAGCUGGUAAUCUCGGCACAGGACGGGGGUGGACUAACAGCAAAGUUCAACGCCCGGGUCAACAUCAGUGUUGUCGCUGGCUCAGUGGUGCCUCCAGUGUUUGAACAAGCACACUACUUCUUCACUGUGUCCGAGGACGUCCUGAGGGGGACACAAGUAGGCAUAGUGCGAGCAAGCAGUGGACACGGUCGUUCGGAGGGAGUCUCCUACACUAUAUCUUCUGGAGACUCUGAUGGUUACUUCACUGUUGACUCAGAGACAGGUGCCCUUCGAACCAGCCGCCCACUGGACCACGAAGCCCAGCCCUCUUUGGAGUUAGAGGUACAGGCCCGGAGUGGGUCACCACCAGCAUUUGGACAAACACAAGUCCGAAUUACCAUUGCAGACAUCAAUGACAACGCUCCCUUCUUCCUGCCCUCGUCCUCUGAGUCCUUGCUACUGGCAGAGGCCACUGAUAUAGGCACAUUGGUGUACCAUGUGAGGGCAGAGGACCGUGACUCAGGCCCCAAUGGGCAGCUGCACUUUGACCUACUCUCCAGCGGGGGGCAGCGCACCUUUGGCAUUGAGCGCAGCACAGGGGAUGUCCGGCUUAUUGGUGGCUUGAGCUAUGAGACUAUGCCCCGUUAUGACCUCAAAGUGGUGGCCAAGGACAGUGGGGUCCCCCAGCUGAGCACCACCUUCACACUAGUUGUACACGUGCAGGCGGAGAAUGACCAGGGCCCUGUUUUUGACACUCUCACCUACCGCGUGGAGCUGAAAGAAGGGACUCCGCUCAACACUCGUUUUCUCCAGGUGAGGGCUUUGAAUCGCGAGACCACUACUACCAGCAGCACUACAGGGUCCUCUUCCACCAUACUGGCAUAUCAUCUCCGCCCAGAUGGUGACGCAGCUGGAUUUGGGAUUGCCCCUGACAGUGGAUGGCUAUUUGUUAAGAGCAUACUAGACAGGGAAACUAAGGACCUUUACCUGCUGACUGUCCUGGCCACCUCAGGUACCGGGCAGCUGAAGAAAACGGGCAGCGCCACUGUGCGUAUUUCAGUGACAGACGAGAAUGACAACGCUCCUCGGCUCACCCAGGAGCGUGCUUUCUUGGCCGUGCGAGAGAACCUGCCCCCAGGGACUGGGUUUGGGAGGGUGGCUGCCACUGAUCGGGAUGCAGGUCUCAACAGUCGUCUAACCUUCAGACUCCUGCAUCCUGACCGAAAUUUUCAGAUGAACUCCCAGACAGGUGAGAUCAGCACUCGGACAGCCCUGGACCGUGAGCACCAGUCCAGUUACCAGCUGGUUGUGGUGGUCCAGGAUGGGGGCACCCCUCCACGUAGCGCCACAGGCACCGCCCACAUUACUGUACUGGAUGAGAACGACAAUGCUCCUGCCUUCACACACGCACCCCCUGGGAGGGAGCUGGUACUGCAGGUGUUGGAAGGCAAGCCCUCUGGGACUUUGCUCGGCUCAGUUCAAGCCAAAGAUCCUGAUGAAGGUGAAAAUGGGACAAUCUACUACUCUCUAUCUGGCACCAGGGCAGAGCGUUUUUCCCUAAAUCCAAACACUGGAGAGCUACGGUUAGCUGCCCCCCUGAGCCACACCGACAGGGCUGACUAUACCUUCACCGUGACAGCUACAGACAGGGGUUCAUCUCCACAGAGCACCUCUGCAGCCCUGCGCAUACAGGUCCUGAAUCCCAGUAAGUUCCUGCCCCACCCAGGCUUGCCCACUUUAACCCUGAAUUCUUUAGAGGGUAUCAAACCAGGAUCGGUGGUGGGUUCUGUGGGCUCAAAAUACCUCCAGCGGCACCCAGAGGAGGGUCAAGUGACUUACACAGUUGUGGGCAGCAGUGACCGUGACGGCACGUUUGUGGUGGACAGACUGACGGGUGAUAUCUAUCUGGCACAAGAGCUAGAUUACGAGCAAGGGGCACAUUACACCCUUCAGAUUGAGGUGGACGACUUCUCCAGAGCCUACCCAACCAGCCGGAUCAUCCUAGUAGACAUUGACGUGCAGGACAGCAAUGACCAUGUGCCGCAAUUCCCAGAGGACCCGGUGACCAUUGUCAUUCCAGAGAACAUGGUGGCUGGAUCUUCUAUCUAUACCUUCCAGGCUGUGGACAAAGAUGGAAGUGGCCCAAACAGUGACAUUCACUAUUCCAUCCUCCAGCAGUGGCCCACUAAUGAUGAGAACCUGGCACUAGACCCUGUGACUGGGGUUAUGUCUCUGGGAAAGAGCCUGGACCGCGAGGUUACACCCUCCCUCCUCCUCAUCGUCCAGGCAGUGGACCAAGCUCUUAACGUUAGCCAGCGACGCUCCAGCUCUGUGACAGCGCGAAUCUUUGUGACCGAUGAAAAUGACAAUGCACCUAUCUUUAGCUCCCCAACCGCUGUCAGUGUCAUGGAGGACCAGCCAAUUGGUUUUGUUGUCCUCUAUGUGAUGGCCAGAGACUCUGAUUUGGGGGAGAGUGGACGUGUGGCAUACCGAAUUCAAUCAGGGAAUGCUGGCGGCAGGUUCAAUCUGAACCCCAACUCUGGUUCCCUCUCCAUAGUGAAAGCUUUGGACCGGGAAGAGCAAGGACUCUACAACUUGACUAUCGUUGCAGAGGAUCAUGGUUCCCCCCAGUGCACCACCUUGCAGCUACUGUCUGUUCAGGUGAUCGAUGUAAAUGAUGAGGCCCCUCAAUUCCAGGAAGUUGAAUUUGAGGCACAAAUCUCAGAGAACCAGCAUGCUGGCACCUCUGUACUGAGAGUCACUGCUACAGACUGUGACCAAGGUUCAAAUGGCUUUGUGACAUAUGGAGGGAUAGUGGAGGAUGGGUUUACCAUUGAUCAAGCAACAGGAGUCGUAACAGCAACCCGAGCCCUUGAUCGUGAAGUGCAAGACCGCUACACUGUCACAGUCUAUGCUAAAGAUGGUGGACUCCCUCCUAAUUUUGCCACAGCGACAGUGAGGAUUACAGUCUUGGAUGAGAAUGACAACUCGCCUGCUUUUGAGAAAGACUCGUACCACCUAGAGGUGCCAGAGAACCAGGAGCCUGUGGCAUUGUUCACCAUGAAAGCCAUGGACCACGAUGCUGGAGAGAAUGGCAGGGUGGAGUACAAGAUUGUUGCAGGGGACCCAGCUGGUGAUUUUCAUAUCGAUGGCAACUCUGGUGUCCUCUCCACUUCCCAGCCCCUUGACAGAGAAAGGAUUGCCAGCUAUUAUUUGACCAUUGAAGCACGGGAUCAUGGGACUCCCCAGCUGAGUAGCACAGCCAGCGUGGUUGUUACAGUCCUGGAUGUCAAUGACAACAACCCCAUGUUCAAAGAAGGCGCUUACACUAUUGAUAUCUCUGAAGAUGCCCCAAUUGGUACUUUGGUGCUUGACAUAACCGCCACAGAUGCUGAUGAUGGAACUAAUGGCAUGGUCCUGUACUACCUGAGCAAUGAAUCACUAGGCAUGUUCAACGUGAAUCAGGAGACCGGGAAGAUCACUACAGCUGGUCUGCUGGACCGGGAGAAGCGAGCAGCGUACAGCUUUCUGGUGAAUGCUGUGGACUCCUCCCCUGCCAAACCACGGAAUGCAAGCGCACGGGUGACAGUCAAUAUCAAAGAUGUCAAUGAUAACUCGCCCUUUUUCAUCCAGGACCCACUCAUCAUCAACAUUUCCAGCAGCAUCUCAAUCAACCAGGUGGUGGCCACCAUGAGAGCAGAAGACAAAGACUUUGGGGCCAAUGCAUCCAUUUUCUAUCGCUUUGCCUCCCUGGUGGCCGGGUUUAGCAUAAACUCUUUCACAGGUGAAAUACGACUAGUGGCCCCACUGUCCUCCAUGACCCAAAUGGAGAGGACCUUGUAUGUGGUGGCCACGGACCAGGGCACACCUGCACAGUUAUCCACAGGGGUGGUGGUCAUUUACGUCAAGGAGGAGGACUACAGGGGAGUCCGCUUUCCACGCAGUGCCAGAGAUGUCUCCCUGCAAGAAAAUGCAGCUUCAGGCACAGCAGUGGUUCAGAUCCAGGCGCAGUACAGUGAUGGCUCCAGAAGAGGAAUCAGCUAUAGCAUCUUCAGUGGAAAUAAACUCAAUUCAUUCAGCAUCCGUCCCAACACAGGUGAGAUCUGGGUGCAGAACUCAGAUGGCCUAGAUUUUGAGAAGACUCCACGGCUCCGCUUAGUGGUGAAAGCAGACUCUGCAUCCUCUCUCUCCUUCAUGGCUGUCAAUCUCAACCUCCAGGAUGUCAACGACAACCUGCCACGAUUCCAGCUUCAGAACUACAUCGCCUAUAUCUGGGAGGCACAGGGCUACGACUUCCCCAUCAUCCAGGUAUUGGCAGAUGACCCAGACCAGGGCCAGAAUGGUCAGGUGACCUAUUCUAUUAAAUCGUCUACAAUGAGUGGGCUCUUCAAAAUCGACCCCCUGACAGGAAGUAUAACAACAGCAGCCAUAAUGGACAGAGAAAUCUGGACUCACACAAAGCUGGUUGUUACGGCGACAGACAGGGGAAGCCCAAAGUUAGCUGGCAUAGCUACUCUCACCGUGGUUAUCGUGGACCUGAAUGACAACAGUCCUACAAUCCCACUGCCACAAGAGAUUCGAGUGCCUGAGAACACCUUAAUUGGUACAGAGCUCACCCAGGUUACAGGAAAUGAUGUGGACUCAGGCCCUGCCCUCUCAUACACACUUCUGCUAGAUGGCAGCUCUGUUGGAAAGUUUGGAAUCCAUCGAUAUGGGGGCGUGAUCUCGCUGACUGCCCCGCUUGACUUUGAGGAGAGGAGCUGGUACACACUUACCAUCUGCUCCUCUGACUCCAAACAUAAAAGUGAGGCAAACCUGACCGUGCUUGUGGAAGAUGUGAAUGACAAUGCACCUGCUUUCACCCAGGACCUCUACCAGGUAACACUCCCUGAGCACUCGCCACCUGGCAGCUCAGUUGUCACGGUAACCGCUACUGACCGAGACUCUGGCGGCAACGGGAAGAUCACCUACAGGGUGAUGUCAUCAACCAGGGGCGGCUUUUACAUAGACCAGAGUAAUGGUACCCUGUUUAUAUCUCAGAGGGCAGAAUUUGACCCUGAAAAGCCCUCAGUGAGUGUGGUGAUCGAAGCACGGGAUGGUGGAACACCGGCUCUGUCAUCCAACACUACAGUUCAAGUGCAGGUUUCAGAUGUCAAUGACAAUGCACCCCGCUUCAAACAAUCGGAGUACAAAGCCACAGUCUCGGAGGACCUGUUGCCAGGCUCCACAAUUCUGACAAUUGAGGCAGUGGACAGCGACCUCUCACGGGAGAACUGUGGCUUUGACUUUGCCAUUGCCAGCGGGAACCCCGGGAAUGCCUUCCAGAUUGAGAGCAGUGUCCGCUUCCUGGAGGGACAGGGUUUUCAGACAGUGGGGACACUCAUACUGGUGGAGCGUCUGGAUUUUGAGACCAUGUCAAGGUACAAUUUGAAUAUAGUAGCCUCAGACCGAGGGGUCCCCCAAAGAAGCUCUAGUGUGCCUGCUGUAAUUACCAUUACCGACUCUAAUGACAACCCCCCUUCGUUUGGACGCACAGAAUACAACGUGGUGCUGAGCGAAGGAGCAGCAGCCGGUACCGAGCUCUUGCGAUUAUCUGCCUAUGAUCCAGACUCCGCUCCCAAUGCUGUGAUCCGCUAUGUCAUCAGCUCAGGGGAUGAAGCUGAACUGUUUGGAAUGGAUGAGUGGACGGGGGCACUCAAGCUCCUGCGGCCACUGGAUCGUGAAGCCAAGGCUUCUCACAUGGUUAUUGUCCAAGCUUCAGAUGGGCAGGGGCAGUUUGCUCUGGCUCCGGUGAGUGUGGAAGUCAAAGACAUUAAUGACAAUAAGCCCUACUUCCCCUUGGAGACACUGACAGUCAGCAUAAGAGAAAACCAGCCGACCGAUUCUCUGGUCACUAUCCUGCAUGCUAUUGAUUUCGACACUGGUGUCUACGGCCAGGUACGCUACUACAUGGUCGACCAAACCGGGCAGGGAAAGGACUCCUUUUCAGUGAACCAGGCCUCAGGAGAGGUGCGAGCCAAGCUAACCUUUGAUUUCGAGAAGGCCAACACCUUCCAGUUCAUGGCACUGGCUUUGGACACUGGCAACUAUUCAGCCACUGUGACUGUACAAGUGCUGGUGACUGGAGAGGAUGAAUACGAUCCAGUUUUUGUCUCACAAGCUUACUCAUUUGAAGUGCCGGAGGGAGCCACAAAAGGCCAAAGCAUUGGGCAAGUGUUAGCUAAAGAUGAAGAUGCUGGUGCAGACGGAAUUGUGCUCUACACUUUUGCUAAUGGCUCACCUUAUUUUGGUGUCAAUGAAACCACAGGUGUGAUCUACCUGAAGAUGGACAGUCAAAGCCGCCAUAGUGGGGGACGAUCAAAGAGAGACGCGCGGCAGAUGAACCUUGAAGUAGAAGCCCAUAGCCCGUUACCAGCUUCUCGCAUUACCACUGCCCAGGUCAACAUUGAUGUCACACACACUUCUUUCGGGCUGCCCUCUGAGUUCAACUUUUUGCUGGUCAUUGUCAUAGCAGCUUCCCUUGUGGCUGUCGUGAUCCUAGUAGUGAUUGCUGUGGCAUUGUUUGUGGUACGAUCCAGGCGAAAGAAAAAGGAGGAAAAUGACAAUACCAACAUUGCCUCAUCAGGCACUGCCAUGCAGAAACUUGAUGAAUCCCACUUAACAGGCGUAGAGAGGAUCUACCACCAGGCUCUGCCCGGAUAUACAGGCGAGCAAACCUCAGGCAUGGGUGGCACAGGUGGAGGAGCAUACACAAGGGGGGGAUCCCUUGAUCCCUCACACUCCAGUGGACGUGGCUCGGCAGAGGCAGAAGCCGCUGAGGAUGAUGAAAUACGAAUGAUCAACGAGUACCCACGGGUAUCUAGCAUAUCCUCUUCCAUGCAGGACCACCUCUCAACACGGGGACCUGAUUCUGGGAUCCAGCAGGAUGCAGACCAGCUUUCAGACAUCUCCUGUGAACCAGGAAUGGAGGCAGGGCAGUGGUUCAAGGGGAAGAAAAUUGGCAGCCUCAGUGGAACACUGUUACCUGGACAGCAUCCCAUUUACAGAGAUGAGGGUGGGGGGUACCUGGGGGUUGGGCGAGGGUUAAAUAUCUCACACCCUAAGGAUUAUGCCUUCCCUGAGGACGGCAAGCCUUCAGUGGAUGGCUCCCUCACAGCUAUUGUGGCCAGUGACGAAGAGCUUAGGGGCAGCUACAACUGGGACUACCUGCUGGACUGGUGCCCGCAGUUCCAACCCCUGGCCAGUGUCUUCACAGAGAUAGCUCGGCUCAAGGAUGAAACUGCUCCCCCCAACCCCAGAAGACCCUUUCAGCCCAAAGCAAAGACAGAUCCCAAACCAAGAAUAGACCCGCCACCUCUUAUCACUUCUGUGGCACACCCGGGGGCCAAAUCAGUGCCUCCAAAACCAGCCAUUGGACAGACUUUUCCUCACCUGGCUUCUCUCCGCCGUUCCCCCAUCAGCCACGAGGGCUCCAUAUCAUCAGCAGCCAUGUCCCCUAGCUUCUCCCCCUCCCUCUCCCCACUGGCAGCCCGAUCACCUGCUGUCUCCCCCUUCGGUGUUACCCAAGGGCCAUCAGCCUCCAUGAUUAGUACCACUGAACACUCUUUAGAUCACCCAGGUGAAGCAGAGAUGAGGAUUUAACUCACUGAACACAGCUGCUGCUUGACGGGGAACCUUCCAUGAAAUGCAUCUGUUUUUGAGUGUAUAUUUGGGGAUGAACGUACAUUUGGGGAUGAGUUAUCUCUCCUGUCUUAUAACUCUAAGGGUUAAGUUGAAACUGCUUGAUAAGAAGGGCAUACUUUAAUUUGUAAACCUUUGGAUUCAAAAAAAAAAAAACAAUUGAAAACCUUGUAGUAUUGUAACUCAAUCUGUAAAUGUUGUUUGGAGUUCAAGGAGUCAAACAUUCAGAUAUUCUGUGGUCAUUUUUCCAUUAAUAUUAGAAAAAGGAUCCUUUUGUAAGGGUAUACUAGUCUUUCUUUGAACAAGACUGUGUAAUGUAUUUCUCUGGAUUUCUCCUCCGAUUAUUUUUGCCUCACCGAUAUUGACCAGCACUGGACAAUACAUUCUCUAAGCCAGUACACCCAAAAACAAAAAGGAUUCAUAAAUUACUGGUUUGGUGAGUGUUCUGUGCCUGCCAAAUAUUUUGUUAGGGACAAAGGUUGUUAAGUGGCCCAUGUCAGCCAGCCAGCACUUCGAACCAGAAUCAUGCCUGCCAGUGGUUAAUUGACCUGUAAUUCAGUUGGGUUUCAAUGAGGAUUUUGAAAAACUCAGAACUUCUAUAAACUCUUGUUUUAGUUAACCUCAAUUGUUGGAAGUAUUAUGUAAUGGUAUUUGUUUUAAUGCUUGGUCCCCUGGACCUCCUGAAAGUGUGAAUGUUAUUGUAUGUCAAACAAUUAGUCCUUUCAACUGUGACUGACAUACUUAGUAGAUUUUGCUUAGUAAUUAAACUGAUUCUUGGGGGUGCUUCUAGGUUUAUGGUGCUUCCCACUGUAGAUACCUUCCAAACUUACCCUGAAACUGAUCUGUAUCCCUGGAUAUAAGCUGGUUAUGAGAUAUAGUUUGUGUGUCCCUCACUGGCUGGCCAGGAGGUUGAGAGUUUGUGGUUCUUAAUAGAGGCUGGGAGGUUGGAAAAUGUUUAAGCUGUAAUGCUGUUAUGGAGAACUUAAUGGCUAUCCGUGCCUCAUUUUGUUUUAGAACAUCGCAGUUUAGAAGAAGAGCUGUGCUACAGAGGCCAGAAGAUACCGGAAUCUAUCAAACAUGGAGCAGUUCCCAAAAACUAAAUAAUCUUUUCUUUGGGCUUUUUAUUAUUAAUUUUUAAAAAGACGUUUGUUUCAGACUACAGCGUGGCAUCACCUUUUGUCAAGGGAUGCCAUUGCCUUGUUACAGUAUAAGGGUAUGAAUGUAUUGUACAGCCAGAAUAACCAUUUGUGCGUAUGUUUAAUUCAGAGACUGUUCUUGUAUGUGUCUGUGGAUGAUUAGAAAACUCAUUUUUGUUGUUACAUUAAUAAAUAUUUAUAAAAUACUGCUCGCUAAACCUGAAUGGACAAAUGGAAUUAUUGAGAUAUGGAAAUAUCAGGAAUCUCUUGCUGUCUUCGGAGACGAUGUUUUGAUUAUUUACCCUUGACAAUCCAAAACAAAUAUGGCUGCCGUAUAAAAGGGGAAGAUGACAGCCUGGCUAUGAAAGGGGCAGUGGUACUGGAAGAGGAAAUUACAUUCUGGUCCUGACUUCAGGUUCAAUAACGUCUGUCAGCAGUGCUGACCAUACUUAAUUUAUAGACUGUUUCUUACUAAAUAAUUUUAUGUAUAGUUUUUGGUUACUUUCUUUCUUUUUUUGUUGCAAUACAACAUUAGAGUGGGCUAUGUUUGAUUUAUAAAAUAUCCUGCACAGUAUUUAUGGGGAUUUUGCUUUUUUAUGAUGGUCUCUCCGUCCACCUUUUGAUUCUUGUCAUGUACUCUCUAGUUCUGGCUUUGACUAUAGUUAACUGUCAAAAAGAAGAAUGGAAAAUAUAGUUUUAUUCUCAUACUUGGAAGCAAAAACCUCAAAACUUUCUAAAUUGUUCCUGAAUAUGUGGUUUGAAGAGAACACUCUUCCCCUGCAAUAUGGUUGUAAUAUGAGGGGAAAGGUCAGCUGCUUGUUUUUAAAGAUUGGCCUUCUGUUUACUCUGACCUUCCAUAGUUACCAGACUUCACAGUCAUUUACAUAGACCAUGGGCCAUGGAGUGAGUUGAUAACUGAACUGGAAUACAAAUACAGGAUAUCCCAGAUCAGGGCCAACUUUACUUAGUAAACAAGAGAAGAGAUUUUAGAGAGUUAAUGGAGAGAAUGCAUAACAUAGGAAAUGAGAAAUUGAAAGCAGUGCUUAAAACUUUUAUGAGAUCAAAAUCAAGCACACAUGUACAGUAUACAAAGAAACUGGAAGAUGCCUUAACUGAUGGACAGCGCUCAGUGGUGGGUAAUGUUUUGUGCACUUAAUAUGUACAAUUAUCCUUGUAUGAUGAAGCAUUGCGCAAGAGAUUUUAAACAACUGAUAGGUUAAAGGAUCAUUUGGAAAUAAUACAUUGGUGAAAACUGAAAAAAUAGGUUGUUUGUUACCUUGAUGCAACUGGGCAAUUCUAAAAUGUCCUUCAGUCAUAGCCUUCAAAGUAUUUAUUUAUCAGAAAGGUGAAAAGGAUCACGAAACUCUCCACUCCAACCUACUUAAAUCACUAUAAACUUCCGUGAUGCCUUUUGGUCUCCUCCCUUUGGCGAGGGCUAAGCAAUAAGUUUUCUAACAACAUAAUACCGUGUAACAAUUAUUAUUUUUUUUUUUGGUUCCUGGGUAGUAAGUGUUAUUUCCUAAUUGCUUAUGCCUCAAAAGUAUGGAAAAUGGCUAUUAUUCCCCACAAACUUUGCUUUUGUGACCAGGACAGUGAUAUUUUGAAAUUUACCUAUUUCCAAUGAGAAAACGUGCAAAUUUGUGUCUUUUCGUUCACAUAAAGUCAGAAAAAAACAACAUAUGAAUCCAAAUUAACAUGUAUUUAUACUAAAGUAAUACAAAAAUGACUACAAAAGAUUUAGAAGUGAGUAGUUUUUCGAGAUUUACGAUUAUACUGUAAAUCACUUUCACGAAUCAGCCCCCAAAUGUAGUCUCCCAUCAUGUUCUCACUAGAUCUGUGUGAAAAUUAAAAUAGCCCUGCUCAUAGGAUCCAUAUGUUAGGGUAAAAGUCAGAAUCGAGUCAAUCUGAAAUUUUACCAUUAAAUGUCACCAUUUACCAAAUGAGGUGGUAAAUGUUGACAUGAAUGUUGUUAUGAAGAAGUAAAGCUUUUUGGACAUUUACCAGUUAAUCUUAUGAUUUUCCAAAGUGUAUUGGUAAAUGCAGGUAUAUCAUCGAAUAAUCUAUUUAUUACUGCAUAUAAAUUGUCAAUUAACAAAAUAAUCAUUAAUGUCCAAGAAUAUAUUUAUUUCUGCAUACACAUUUUCCAUCAACAAAAUAGUCAUUAAUGAGCUUACAGUAAACCACAAUUGAGCAAUUUAAACUAGUUAAACAUGGUACUGAACAAUAUUAUGAUCCACUUAUGUAGAACAACCAACAUUCUGGUACAUUUGCGUAUAAAACCAUUCACAAUGGUGUUGAAUGAUAUUGUACUCCAAAUACAUAGUAGUUUGAUGAAAAAUAACAUUCUGUUAAAUGCAAAUUAAAUCAUUUAGGACCUUCAUUUUUUCAACAGAAAAUCACACUUUGGCUAUGACACAAAAUGCAACAAAUACAGGCACUGAAUAUUUACUUACUCAUUGCAACAUGGUAGACUCUUGUGGCACUUGGGGUUACACAGGACUCCUGAAGCCUUACAAUGCAAAAGCGAGACAUUCAUCAUUAGCCAAAGGCACUUGGUUAUUCUUGAGAUUUACCAGCAAAUGUCCAAAGUAAAGUGUUAUCUGUUUAUUUUGUAAAGACAUUCAGUCAUAGCAUAACAGAGGUAGAAGUAUUAAAGGGACUAGGAGAUCUUAAAAUAAACAAAUCUCUUGGGCCGGAUGAGAUCCUCCCAAUAGUACUGAAAGAAAUGAAAGAAGUUAUUUACAAACUGCUAACUAAGAUCAUGCAACAGUCUCUUGAGACAGGGGCUGUACCAACAGACUGGAGAAUUGCAAACGUAAUACCGAUCCACAAAAAGGGAGACAAAACCGAACCAGGUAACUACAGACCAAUAAGCCUGACUUCAAUUAUAUGUAACCAUAUGACAUGGUUUAUUUAGAUUUCAAGAAAGCUUUUGACAAAGUCCCACAUAAAAGAUUAAUUCUCAAACUGAACGUAGUAGGGAUUCAUGGAAAUGCAUGCACAUGGAUUAGGGAGUGGCUAACAUGUAGAAAACCGAAAGUACUGAUUAGAGGAGAAACCUCAAAAUGGAGCGAGGUAACCAGUGUAGUACCACAGGGAUCAGUAUUAGGUCCUCUGCUAUUCCUAAUCUACAUUAAUGAUUCUGGUAUAGUAAGCAAACUUGUUAAAUUUGCAGACAACACAAAAAAUAGGAGGAGUGGCAAACACUGUUGCAGCAAGGUCAUUCAAAAUUAUCUAGACAGCAUUCAGAACUGGGCAGACACAUGGCAAAUGACAUUUAAUACAGAAAAGUGUAAGGUACUGAUUGCAGGCAAUACAAAUGUCCAUUAUAAAUACCAUAUGGGGGGUACUGAAAUUGAAGAAGGAAUCUAUGAAAACGAUAAAGGAGUUUAUGUUGACUCAGAAAUGUCUUCAUCUAGACAAUGUGGGUAAACUAUAAAAAGGCCAACAUCGGAUAUAUAGUGAAAAGUGUUGAAUUUAAAUCAAGAGAAGUAAUAAAACUUUACAAUGCAUUAGUUAGACCUCAUCUAGAAUACUGUGUUCAGUUCUGGUAACCUCGUUACAAAAAGGAUAUUGUUGCUCUAGAAAGAGUGCAAAGAAGAGCGACCAGAAUUAUUCCUGGUUUAAAAGGCAUGUCAUAUGUAGACAGGCUAAAAUAAUUGAAUCUAUUCAGUCUUGAAGAAAGAAUACUACACGGCGAUCUGAUCAAUCAUUCAAAAUUCUAAAGGUAUUGACAAUGUCGACCCAGGGGACUUUUUCGACCUGAAAAAAAUAAAUAAGGACCAGGGUCACAAAUGGAGAUUAGAUAAAGGGGCAUAUAGAACAGAAAAUAGGAGGCACUUUUUUACACAGAGAAUUUGGGAGUCUGGAACCAACUCCCCAGUAAUGUUGUUGAAGUUGACACCCUGGGAUCCUUCAAGAAGCUGCUUGAUGAGAUAAUGGGAUCAAUAAGCUACUAACAACCAAACGAGCAAGAUGGGCCGAAAGGUUACAAACGAGAGGAGACCAUUCUUAUAUUCUAAUUCUUGAGAUUUACCAGUAAAUGUCAGAAAUAAAGCGCUAUCAUGUCUAUUUCAGACAUUUACAGUUUUGUUUGGUAAGUGUCGACAUUUACCAGUAAAUCUUCAGAUUUGCCAAUAUUCUGACUUUUACCAUAACACAUACAUUAACAUAAAAAUUUUUUUUCUCAGCCUAGGUUUUUAAUAAUAAUAAUAAUAAUAAUAAUAAUAAUAAUAAUAAUAAUAAUAAUAAUAAUAAUAAUAAUAAUAAAAGGUAUUAACCACAUUAUCAUAUUUCUAAACUGCUCCUUAUGCUAGACUGCAUCCAAUUUGAUUGAGCCUCCAGGAUGCCUUGAAUUAACUCUCAUUUACCAUCUUUAAAUAUGGGCUGCCACGUCUGCCAAGUUCCCAGCUUUGUUCACAUCAUCGCUAUUCUUGUUACCGCUGGGACAGUCUACCUCCUCUCAUUUAGGGUAUAUUUUAUGGUGUGGGCAAUUGGUGUGGGUUGACUGAUACUUUUCGAAUUUAAAAUUUGCUCAUGAUCAGUCUCAUAUGGAUAACCAAGUCAAAAGACCCCUUUCUGAUUCCAGGAGCAUUGUGUGUUACCCUAGAUCACAGUGUUAAAAAUUGGUUUUAGUAUUUGUAGCUGAAAAUAUUUUAUAUAAAUGUAAUGUAAGUGUUUAUCGUGCAGGUCAACACAAAAUAUAAACAACAUUUAAUCUGGGCUUUUAUUGGAGGAAUAAAGCACCUAAGAUUCUGCCAUAACAGUUUAUGUGCAUUAUAGUAUUGUACAGGGUUAGAAAAUCUAAUGUGCAACUAUGAAUCAUUAACAUGUGUAUGAUCUGAAAGUUAUUAGGAAUGAAUAAAAACAUGGCUGCAAUUUCUGGUUACCAAGAUGCUAAUAUCAUUGGCACUCAAAUGGCAGAUAGUUACUACUUUAAGUAUGCCAUAAAAUAAAGUAUGUAAUUAUCAUUGUACCUAAUUCAUCAAAAACACCAGACCUUUGGAAUGAAAAAGUUUAUAUAAAUUGAAUGUAGAUGUGUUAGUUUGGAGAUAAGCAGACUGAAGACUGUAAAAUUACGCCUUAAGACUGUAAAAUCCUGAAGUAACAUUUAAAAGAAAAAACAAGAUUGCAUUCCCAUUGGCUUUAGUAUAAAAUUGAUAUUGUCAAGUUUGAAUCAAUGGAAAUCAGAGCCCAAUGUACAGUACAUGAUGAACAACUUUUCACUGAAUGCAAUUAUAAUUCCUGAAAGAUUUGAAUUGCCCGUUAACAUUUGUAACUACAGCCAUGAAGUAAAUAAUUUGGGUUAUACAAUGUCACGCAAAGCUUGAAUAGCAUUGUUUUCGGUGUAAUUUAACAUUUUCAUAAAACUAACCACUUAAAAUGAAUAAUUUGUGGCCUUUAGAGGUCUGUGCAGAGAUUUGAUCUUUUAAGCACUUUAGCUCAUGUUAAAUUCUUCGUAGGCACAUUGUGGUAUGGCAGAAAUGGGGAAGAGGAGACAUAGAGACGACAAACUAAAAACAGCAAAAUAAUUGUUUAGCAGGGAAAUGACAUAGGUGCAGACACCAUGUACAGUUAUUAUGACAAUAAUGUACAGUUUCUUAUACUGUAGAUUAUGUAAAUACAAAUUAAAAACUGUUUACAGGAAGCCCACAUUAUACCCCAAGCCUAGUGAAACAGCAACUGUCAUACAGUGAUUAUAUAUACUGUACAAAUAUUUUUUUAUAUAGAAUCAAAUAUGUUGCCUUCCUAAUCUGGUCUCAGUCUCACAGCUACUAUGCUUACCCAAUGUAGAGGCUUUUGGGUACAUCAGCCUCUUGCUUGAAGUACAUGUGCUAAGCACCAAACCACGUGGCUGGUAAUUAAACACUAAGGUAAAGCAAAUAAAAGUGAUUUAGAGCUGACUUAAAGCUGUUUCACAUAAAAGACUUGUCUUUACAACUUAGUUGCUGCACUCAGGACCUUUAUUUACAAAUUAGCACCAUAUGCAAAAACUGAAUUCAGGACAGCCUAGCUUUCUAUUUAUAAGACCAUCAUAUUCAAUAUGGAGACAAUGGAUGAUGUAUUCCAGGUUUGAUUACCUAGAUUCUGUGUUAGAGAUCGAGUUCCAGCUAUGCCUUGUUAUACACCUAACGGUUUAAUAAAACUACAAUAUACAGUGGAAAUUGUUCAUUAGAUUUUGGUGCAAAACAUAUUUUUCUGUUGGCUUGAAAUGAGUUAAAGCUCAGUUUAAUGAUGUGAUCCUGGACCCUAGCCAGUGCAGAUCUUCCUCUCCCCCCCCACCCCCAGGUUACAAGGACUUUUACAUGUAUUCUCUACAUUUUUUAUGUAUUCCUGAAAUUGCAUGUGUACUUGGAGAUUUGUAUGUAGUCAUCUGUUUUCUGGCAGAGAUACUUUGAGACUCUGCCUGUGGACUUUAUACUUGAGCACAGAAGUGCCAAUGUUUCUUUUUGGUGCCAAUUUUUGUAACAAAUUCCUUAAUAAACUUAAUGGAAGUGUUUGUAUAAAAAAAA